AUGGACUCGUUAAGUGUCACCAAGACAAAUUGCCGAUAUCGAUCGGAGCAGCUGGAUCUGCUUGCCACGUAUGUGCGUCCAUGGGAUGGAUUUAUGGCUCCGUCGAUGCUCGUGGAGGGGCCCACCUCGUCGGGGAAAACAUACACCCUUCGUCAAUAUUUCAAACAGCUGGAGCAGGAUGGCCAGAUCCGGUUCCUGGAGAUCCAAUGCGAGCACUGCCUCACUCGCAAGGCGAUUCUCCAUGCUAUAUUGCGUGGAUUGAUCAGACUUUUGGGGAUUUCGUCGCAGAAUGAGGCCGAAUUGGUGUACAAGUGUGAUGGAUUAGGAACGUUUGUCGAUGUUUUGAAACGAAUCGAGCAUAUCAACGAGUCAAACCAUCCAGAUGAAGAGCGGAAACCAAUAGUGUUUCUAUUAGACCGCGUCGAACGACUGUUACCCAACGAAAACUCGUCCGAGUUCUGCUUUGCUCUAUCCAGAGUACACGAACAGAGCCCAAUGUUGAAUCGCUACUCGUUUGUAUAUGUGGUGAACAGAGCCGACUCUGUUGGGAUCCAAACCCUUGCAUUACCCCUGGUUACGUUUUCGUCGUACAAAUUGGACCAAAUCAAAGAUAUACUAACGAGACAGUUCAGAUACACAGAUACUAUUAGCAUAGAGCAAGCGCAGUUCAAGCAGUUUGCACGGCAAUUCAUCGACGUCAUCCUAGACACCUAUUCGUCGUAUUUCGGGACAGACAUUGGACUGAUGGUUCCUGUGUUGACGAAACUAUGGCCAACUUUCAUAACUCCUGUUGCUAGCAUGGGCCGAAUCCAAAACGGAGUGAAUGACGUUCUCACUACUUACCAAAACAAAAAAGCUCUACUGCAAAGCGAGUUUGGUCUCGCAGAUGAGCUAGCAACCGAGGAUAUCGCGUCCAGCGAUCUGCCAACGAAAACAAAGUAUAUCUUGAUAGCAGCAUAUUUGGCGUCGUACAACGACCCAAAGUACGACCUGAUCCUGUUUUCCAAACAGAGAGAGGCUCGUGCGAACCGAAAAGUGCGUCAUUCCAAGCGGAAAAGCGGCAAGCAGAGCCAGCAGUUAUCGGCAAGAAUGUUGUCACCGCAGGCGUUCACUAUCGAGCGACUGCUUGCUAUUCUGCAUGCCAUAUACGACGAGAACCGCGGCGAGAAGCUGGCAAAUGACAUCGAGCUCAUGUCGGAGCUGGCCACUCUUUCUACGUUGAAAGCCAUCAUGAAGCUCAAGUUGGGCGACACUAUUGGCGGAGGAACAAAAUGGAAGUGUAAUGUGAACUGGAGUGUGAUUAAGAAGUUUGCGGAAGAGGUAGAUUUCAGCAUUGAGAAUUUCCUCAUGGAGUGA